UGCCGCGGAAACGAGCGUAGCAUCAUAAUGGCAGCGAUUGAAAUAUUUUCGAGCUCUGUCACUUACAAAUAUAAAAGCAGGAUAUACUCCUGCGCCUCGAUUGUCGUCUUUAUGUUUAUUGUGCUAUCCUUGCUUACGCCACUUUUUAUAAUCUAUAAUGCCGGGGGCAUCUGGAUGAGAAAUCGGAUGCAUGCGGAAACGCCGGACGUGCACUUCGAAUACAAGUAUUUACUUCUUGCAGAAGUAGAUCCUUAUGAACAGCCUAUCGUGUGUUCUACUUUUACGACGUACAAGGAAAACGAGAUCAAAGAUCAUUGUACACUAAUCAAGAUACAAGAGAAUGAUCUAAACGGCGAUGGACAAAAGGAUUCGUUGAAAUUUGAAGCUUAUUUUUACACGGAUAAACCAGUAAAAUCUCUGAGACUCUUGUUAUUCUUCAAUUUUCAAUUAAAGCACCUCAUUCAAGCGAUGAUAGAGUCUAUCGGUGUAUUCGAUCAGGUGUUAAGUCACGAAGUUCAAGAAAUACGAUUUUUCGGUGAUUUGGAGCUACGGCAAAAGGGACUCUUACGUAGCGAAGGUCUCUACGAGACGUACAACCACAGCGUUGAAUUGUCCGAUUAUUCUCUAUCCGAAUUACUAUUGCACAAUUUCAACCGAAAGUUUUCAGCCAGAAUCACCAACGAACGAGUAACGUGGCGGAGCGGUUUCUCUAGCGACGAAGCGAUGGCCGUCAUCGGUGAAUUGUUUUAUGUGGAAAACUUUAUUUACUAUCAGCCGAGUGUGUGGGAGGAAUUGAAAUGGGCAUGGAUCCAAUAUGUGUCGUGUUUGCUCGUCUUCGCGUAUGUGGCCAAACACAUUCUGGUGUUUCUAUUCACUAACAGAUACCUGAAUACAUAUAUCGUAAGGCCGUGGGCGAAUAUAUAUAUAAAUAAAUAAACGGAGUAAAUCUAGACUCUGCGAUAAAUAAUCUGCGUCUUGUGCACAUUCCAUUCAAUUUUCCUAAUAUUUCUCGUGCAACAUAAAGCGUA